AUGGUAUCGCGAAAGCGAGCUCACUCCGAAAUGGAGACGGCGACACCCAAAAGAGAGCAGCCAGCUGCAGAAGAACCAAGUCUACUGCAACGCAUCCGCAACUCCUGGGAAUUCGCUUCCUUAAUGCAGUAUAUCUUCUUUUUUGGGAAGGUUAUGAAGAUUGAUGAGGAUCUGGGGGUUGAGGAUUUGGAAAUGGAAUGUCUCAAGCCCGAGCCCUCCGAGAAGCUUAUGGAGAUUGGAUUGUCGCUACUCAAAUUCGUCUCAUCGCAUCGCGGAUUAACAUUCGACAAUUUUGACGAAUAUACGCGUCGCCAAUACAAUGCCAAAGCCCCUCAACACGUCAACCCGUUCGGAUACGAUGAGGAACCGAAUAAAUUUAGAGACUUUGAUGUUUUUCUGAAGUUGAAAGUGUUACAUCAAUUGUCGCUCUGGACAUUUUGGAAUCCUGAUCGCAUUCGGGAGAAGAUGCCCGAGCAGCGUGAAAUAGAUCAGACGCAAUGGAGAAUUGAAGAGUUUGGCUGGGACAGCAAAGACCGAAUUUACUACGUCCUAGAUGAUAAUCGCCUAUAUCGCCGCACCGAUCCUCCUAUUCCUCCGCCGCCACCAGCCAAGCCCAAGGCGAAUUCGAAGAAAGGUCGAGCUGCCGCCAGAGCCGCGAAGCGCAGAAGAGUCUCCGCCAAAGUCGAAGAAGAAGAUGAUGAAGAAGAAGAUGCCGCUGAAUCUGAAAAGACUUCCUUUGAAACAACAACGAUUGAAUUCAAGUGGGAGUGUCUGGCGACCAACCUACCCGAAUACCAGGCAUUCCUUGAUACCUUACAAAAGACUAGAGAUCCAAACGAAAAGUCCCUUCGAGAUCGUAUUAUAGAAGGAGUACUGCCCGUCGUUGGAAGAGCAGCAGAGGCAGAAGAACGCAAACGUCAGAAACGAGAGAAGGAAUUGUUCAAUAUGCAAUUACUGGCUGGCGCCAAACGGUCUAGUCGUCUCGCUGAAAAAACGGACAAAGAGCGACGCGACAGAGAAGCCAUGGAGGCCGCUCGCAAGCACGAACAAGAACUUGCUGCUGCACGCAAGGAACAGGAAAUUCAACGCAAGAUGGAAAAGGAACGACAGAACCGUAUCAUGACCCGUGAACGUCGUAUCCAGGAGAGAGAAUCGAAACGUAUAUUACAUGAAGAGGAAAUGGCUAGAUUAGAGGAGGAACAGAAGAAACUUGAGUCUGGAGAGGGUCGAGUGUCGGAAAGACAGAUCAAGGCUGAAUUAGAUAAACGCAAGAAGGAGAUGGAGGAGCUUGCGGAAGAGGACCAGUGGAUUUUUGAUUGCGCUGGUUGUGGUGUUCAUGGCGAAAACAUAGACGAUGGCUCACAUUGCGUUGCUUGCGAACGAUGCAACGUCUGGCAACACAGCAAAUGCUUGGGUAUUUCUCAGGCAGAGGCCGAAAAAGACGACUUUCACUUUGUGUGUGCCGAUUGUAAGCGCAAGGAGGAGGAAGCCAAGAGGCCAAAGAUACCACCUUUGAAGUUCCGUAUUGGAUCUGCUUCGCCAGCAACUACCGCCCCUGCUACAAUCAAGGAAGGGGAACAGAGUCCAUUGGCGUCGAAAGUCUCUCUACCUACACCAUCAAACGCAACAGGCUCCCUCCAGCAGCCGACGUUACCACCGGCCCAACCACGAUUCAAUGGCGGUGCACCAGCAUCUCCCGAGCGUCGUUUCCAACCAGCUGCUAAUGGGCAUCCAUUCGCAGCACCUGGAUCGCCAUCCAAGGCGAGUAUUGGUCCUGCAUCAUCCCCAUUGAGCUCGUUGCCUGAGCCCGCAUACAUUCAACGACAACAACCAGCACAGAACUCAACAGCUGCUUUGCAAAACAUUCUUUCCGGUAACCCCUUAUCGUCUCACCGUCCAUCGUCGUCACACUCUGUUCACAGCCAGGCCCACCCAUCGCCCAUUCAGAACCGCCCAUCCAUGUCACCCACUCAGGGAAAUCGUGAUGUCGGACCUUUGGCCGGGUUCCCUCCAUCAAAUAUUCCCAACGGGUCACUUCCAUCGACACCAUACGGUCAGCAUCGCACGAUUGUGCGACCACAAGAUAGAGGCGUCCCGUCCUUUUCUUCCAGCUUCGACCAGCGCACGACUUCAUUCUCCGACUCCUUCGCUUCCCACACCCCGCCACCAGCGGGGUCUCAGAACAAUAACGUGGCACUAUCCGGUCUUAGCCCGACCAAGAACGACUCUCCACGACCCGUUACAGCGAGCAGUGUGAGCAGUGCGUCGAUCCUACCUCCAAUCCACAGAUUAGAACCCAGCCCCAAACUCAUGGGACGCAGCUCCGUAGACGCGCCCAUUCCACCUCCCGUCAAAAUGAUGACUUCAGAACAAGAAGGCCGUCGACAGCGCGAGCAUCAGUUGGCGUCCGGCACGACCCUACCACCACUAUCGUCUUGGAACCCACCAUCUUCGAAUAAUGUACAACAACAACACCCACAGUCAACUCUACCACCUCUCGGUCCAGUCCCGAAUACGCAGGACCAGAAUAAUGGGAUGAACGGGCAUUAA